CCCCGCCAGCGCCGCCACCGGCACCCCCCGCGCCGCCACCGCCGUCCUUCCUCGCAGACAAAAAGCCGCUGACCUGCCAGCAGGCGCAGAAGCUGGAACAGCUUCGCAACCGCGCGCGCAAGCGGCCCGACUACUCGUGCCUCAUGAAGGAGAUCGAGGGAGGCGCCAGGCUCAAGCGCGUGCACUGUAACGACCGGUCGCAGCCGCUGCUGCCCAUGGCCAAGGCCAAGGACCAGUUCAUCUACGACUCGGAGACGUCCAACAAGCACAACCAGCUGCUCAAGCAGAUCGAGUCCGGCAUCAAGCUCAAGAGCGUCAAGUGUAACGACCGCAGCAAACCCGUGCUGGAUGGCCUGCGCAAGUUCCGGCGGCAGAUGACGGUGGAGGAGCAGCUGCAGAAGGCCGACGCCCCCGAGGUGCUGGCCGAGCCGGACGACCUGGACGACAUCGACCGGGUGCGCGACGACCUGCAGUCCACCAAGCAGAUGCUGGCGCUCGAGCUGCGCAACAAGGAGGCCAUGGAGCGCGAGAACAAGCGGCUGCUGGCGCGGCUGCAGAACCUGGAGGCCGAGCUGGAGGCGGAGAGGAACCGCAAGAGCGCCCCCCAGAACGGCGGCGCGCCCAGCGGCCCCGCGCCGGACACGGACAAGCUCGUGGCCAAGCUCAAGGCGGAGAACGAGGCGCAGCAGAAGGAGACCAAGGAGAUGGAGACGCGCUACCACCAGGCCGCCGAGGAGCUGGACUCCACCAAGGCGCAGCUCGCCGAGGCGCUGUUCCAGAAGAAGCAGGCCGAGAAGCAGCUCAAGGAGAUCGAGGACGGACUGGUGGAGGGCGGCCGGGCGCUGCAGAAGCAGCUCUCCAAGAAGCUCAUCUCGUCCAAGUCGGGCGACAUCCGCAAGCAGAUGUCUCAGGCCAAGAUCAACGAGCUGCGCAAGCAGUCCAUCCCGGUGCAGGAGGACAGCGAGUCCGAGUACACGGACGAGACCAUCACGGACUCGGAGGACGAGGAGGAGGAGGACCUGUCCAACGACCCCGAGGCGCAGGAGAAACGCGUGCAGCGCGAGCUCAAGCUGCUCGCCACCAAGCUCAAGGCCUUCAAGGACAAGGAGGCGUCCGCGCGCCGCGAGCGCACCGCCCUCAGGGAGCAGCUCAAGCUGCAGCAGAAGGCGCUGCGCGAGGAGCGCAAGAAGUACAAGUCCCUGCAGAAGGAGGUUGACAAGAUGGCGAAGCUGAUGAGGGAGGACGAGGAGGAAGGCGAUGAGGACGAGGACGAGGAGGACGAAGAGGAGGAAGAGGAGGAAGAGAGCGAGGAGUCGGAGAGCGAGGAGAGUGAGGAGGACGAAGGCAGUGGGGAGGACCUCCCCGCCGACGCCCCUGUGGACGACAAGAGAAAUAAUCUAAACACAAGGACAAGGCGGCACGAGGGCAUCCUGGGCGCCCUCAAGAAGGGCAACUACCUCCUCAAGGCCAACAUCGACCGCGUCAAGGACGACCUGAGCAAGCACCGGGAGAUGUCGCUCAUGCUCCAAGAGGACCUCAACUCGGUGCUGGCCGAGCUGGGAUAACCCUCUCCAAGUACAUUCCCACCUCGAGCCACCGCGCCGCCGCCGUCAGGAUUCAAACUUCAAAACUGUAUAUUUCACCUCCCGUUUCUUUCUUCCGCUAGUCUUGCUGUCAGAAGGAGAAAGGCAUUGCCAUCUCUGUCAAUUACUUUAACCGCUGAUGAAAAGAAACCAAGAAUGAAACACAGGCCUGUGCUCAAUACUAGUCAUGUAAAAUAUUUUUCUAUUUGUGAGAGACGUGUUUGCGUGUUGUGUAGAUAAGUGAUGUGUAAAUGGACUGAUUGUUUUUGUUUUAGACUUAUAAUAAUGUGUACAUACGCCUCGCAUUGCAAGAGCAAGCCGCUUCAUGACACCAACCUUCCUUGUAUCGCAUUUUUUUUAGGCAAAUCGAAAAGCGCGCAUUGGAACGGCCUCGUCGCUACUCCGCGCGCGAGAGACUCUCAAUGCUAGCUUAAGGGACAGCUUAAGGGACACGUCGGUCGCGUGGAGUAUUGACGUGGUCUUUCCCAUUGCCACCAGUACAACCCUCAUGGAAAUCCCGCCGGGCAAUGACACGUUAUACGUGCUGCGGGAAACUACUGUGUAAGCUAACAAACAAAUCAAUAUACAAUAAAUAUUGUGAGCGCGCUGCUGCGAAUAUAUUAUAUGUUAGAUGCACCCAUCUCUGUUUUUCUUCUCUUUUUCCAAUGAAUAAAAUCCGAUUUCUUUUUCAUA